AUGGCCAUGAAAUUACUAGCAGCCACCAUCCUCAUCCUCUCCCUCAGCACCCCACAAGCCCACUGGAUCCCCCGCCGCCCCACGCCACUCUGCGUGUCCCAGCUGGCAAUAGUGAACCGUGCGUGCGGACGUCUGCCAUACGCACUAGUCAAUCCACCAUCCCUACCAUCACCUCCCGCCCGAGAGGGAGAGGGAGAGGUGGAGAGCGGGCACCACCACCACCACCGGCAGCGGCGGGAGGGGUAUGUGGAGACGGCGCAGGAGGGAGAGUGCUGCCGGUGGGUGAAGGAGGUGGACACGGAGUGUGUGUGUGAUCUGCUGGUGCAUCUGCCGCCGUUCAUGACGAGGCCACUCCACGAGUACAAGGUGAUCGUCGACGACAGCUGCGAGGUCAGCUUCAGCUGCGCCUCCAGAUUGGUCAACUUCUGA